AGGCCAGCUGCGUUGACCGCCUACCGCAAAGGUCCAUAAAGCGAUCCAUCCCCCCACGGAUGUCUGAUCUCGACUCUCACUACCGCCCAACGCCACGCUGACACCUGUGUCUCUCUGUAUUUUUCGUACUUUGAGGCGUGUUUGUGGUUUGCUCUUACUACGCUCCAGCUCGGACUUCUGUUCUGAGCCCCUAUUAUUGUGACCCCCUAGAAGGUCCUAAACCCUUGGAGUGCCACGACAAGCCUUUAACACCUUCGAAACUCCAUCUCAUCUAUCCAUCCUCGGCUCGUCACGCGUGUGUCAUCUGUCUGAGUGUUCGCCAUAGCUUCUGCGAGAACUGACGCCCUCGUUUCGCAGUCAUACUCCCUGUUCGCCAAAGUCAUCCCCGAAAAGCACCAUGCCUCCCUCCCUGAUUCCCCAGACACCUCACAAGGAUGACUUGGAUGAAACAUGGUCGUUCCUGGAGAAGGGCGUUGACAGUGUGAUGCUGAAGCUGGAGGAGGGAGUGGAUAUGAAGACUUACAUGGCUUUGUACACCGCGGUUCACAAUUUUUGCACAUCACAAAAGGCUGUCGGCAAUGGCCAUGGAUUACAAGCACAUCGCGGUGCACAUCUGCUAGGAGAGGAGCUAUACAAGCUGCUUGGAGAGUACCUUUCACGUCACCUCGAUGCUGUGCAUCACGAGUCUAAGGGUCACGCCGAGGAGGCCCUGCUAGGGUUCUACAUCCGCGAAUGGACCCGUUACACGACAGCCGCCAAGUACAUCAACCAUCUUUUCGGCUAUCUCAACCGACAUUGGGUCAAGCGGGAAAUUGAUGAGGGUAAAAAGAAUGUUUACGACGUGUAUACUCUGCACCUCGUUAAGUGGAAAGAUGACUUCUUCAUGAAGGUACAUGAGAAGGUUAUGGAUGCAGUUUUGAACCUUGUCGAGAAGCAGCGCAAUGGCGAAACGAUCGAACAGUCGCAGAUCAAAAGUAUCGUCGAUUCUUUUGUUUCUCUCGGACUGGACGAGAGCGACAGCUCCAAGUCGACGCUUGAAGUUUAUCGGAUGUUCUUUGAGAAGCCCUUCAUUGCGGCUACCAAGGUCUAUUACGAAAAUGAGUCGCGCCAAUUCGUGGCAGAAAACAGCGUGGUGGAAUACAUGAAGAAGGCGGAGGCUCGUUUAGAAGAAGAAAAGGCUCGUGUGGGCUUGUAUUUGCACCCGGAUAUCUCGAAACAUCUUACCGACACAUGUUUGGAUGUCCUCGUUACUGCCCACUCAGAGCUACUGCGUGAUGAAUUCCAGGUUCUGCUGGACAAUGAACGUCAAGAGGACCUAGCUCGGAUGUACCGGCUUUUGUCUCGCAUCAAAGAAGGCCUGGAUCCCCUGCGAACGAAGUUCGAGACCCAUGUUAGGAAAGCAGGUUUGGCAGCGGUUGAGAAGGUUGCAGCGGAAGGCGAAGCGUUUGAACCCAAAAUGUAUGUGGAUGCUUUGUUGCAGGUACAUACAAGAUACCAGAGCCUGGUUAACGAGGCCUUCAAUGGCGAAUCGGAGUUUGUGCGCUCCUUGGACAAUGCUUGCCGCGAGUUUGUCAAUCGCAAUAAGAUCUGCGCGUCUAGUUCGACGAAAUCACCGGAGCUGCUGGCUAAGUAUACCGACUCCCUCCUGAAGAAGGGAUCCAAAGCUGCUGAGGAGUCCGAGCUGGAGGAGAUGCUAGUCCAGAUUAUGACGGUCUUCAAAUACAUUGAAGAUAAAGAUGUCUUCCAGAAAUUCUACUCGAAGAUGCUUGCUAAGCGAUUGGUGCAUGUCAGUUCGGUGUCCGAUGAUGCGGAGACUAGUAUGAUCAGCAAGCUCAAGGAGGCCUGUGGUUUCGAGUACACCAACAAGUUACAGCGCAUGUUCCAAGAUAUCCAAAUCUCGAAAGAUCUCAAUGCCAGCUACAAAGAUUGGCAAGACAAGGUUCUUGAUGACGACGAUCGGAGGAAGCUGGUGGAUGCACACUUUCAGAUUCUGGGAACUGGAUUUUGGCCUCUUCAAGCUCCGUCGACAGACUUCCUUGCGCCGCCAGAGAUCGUCAAGACGGCUGAGCGAUUCCAAAACUUCUACUUUGACAAGCACAAUGGUCGGAAGCUGACAUGGCUUUGGCAGCUAUGCAAAGGUGAAAUCAAAACUAACUACAUCAAAAACACAAAGGUACCCUAUACUUUCCAAGUAUCAACCUUCCAGAUGGGCAUUCUUCUCCUUUUCAAUGAGACCGAUACCUUAACAUACGAGGACAUUCAAAAAGCUACCACUCUUGCUCCUGAAAUUCUUGAGCCGAACUUGGGUAUCUUCCUCAAGGCGAAGGUACUGCUCAUCAGCCCCGAGGGGUCCAAGCCGGAACCUGGCACCUCGUUCACGUUGAACUACAACUUUAGACACAAAAAGGUCAAGGUCAACCUCAACAUCCAGAUCAAGUCGGAACAGAAGGUCGAGUCAGACGAUACACACAAGACUAUAGAGGAAGACCGUAAACUGCUGCUUCAGUCCGCUAUCGUCCGGAUCAUGAAAUCACGCAAGAAGAUGAAGCACGUCCAACUUGUCCAGGAAGUGAUUCAACAAGUUAAAUCCCGUUUCCCACCUAAGGUACCCGAUAUCAAGAAGAAUAUCGAAGCCCUCAUGGAGAAGGAUUAUAUAGAGCGCUUGGACGGUGAUGAGAUCGCUUAUAUUGCAUGAUUCCUAGAAAUUUUUCUUCUUUGUCCCUUUUCCAAUCAUUUCUAUGUUAGCGCCGGUAUUCCUCGCUGGUUUUUCCUCUAUUUUCUUUCUUUGUUUAAUGGUCUUUAUUUUUUUUUUUUUUUCAUCACUGCGGCAUACGGCUUUCAUUCAUAGGUCAAGGAUAGGACUCUGCUUUCGUAGCACCGAUACGACAAAUGAUAACCCAAUAUAUCAAUAAGAUUGGAUUAUUCCAUUUUGGCGUUUUUUCCCUGUAAUGCUCCUUAUGUUCG